ACUUGGCUCAAGGCAGAGAACAAAGUGCAGCCUUAUCCCCUACAUAAGGGACCAGGCCCCAGUCUGUCCCUACAGUGUCUGUCCUGAUCCCAGUAGUCAGGAGCAGGUGUUCCCAAACAGACUGGGAAGCAGUGGGGCAGCCAUGGCACUGUUGAUUGGAGAUGGCCUGUGGUCUGUGGUCAUAUUCACGGCCGUCUUCCUGCUUCUGGUGGACCUGAUGUACCGACGAAAGUUCUGGACGGCCCGCUACCCUCCAGGCCCUAUGCCGCUACCUGGGCUGGGUAACCUGCUGCAGGUGGACUUCGAGAACAUGCCAUACAGUUUGUACAAGCUUCGACAACGCUAUGGUGACGUGUUCAGCCUGCAGAUGGCCUGGAAGCCCGUGGUUGUGAUCAAUGGACAGAUGUGGGCAGGCACUUAUGAGCAAUACCAUGACUUCCUUGCAUCUCUGCUUCUAGGACAUCCCUUUAAUCCCAUCAAUCUCCUGAAUAAAGGUGUAUGCAAUGUGAUUUCAUCCCUCAUCUAUGCCCAUCGCUUUGAGUAUGAAGACCCUUUCUUAAACAAGCUGCUCAAAAUAUUACAGGAAAGUUUUGGAGAGGACUCUGGCUUCAUUGCUGAGGUGCUGAAUGCUGUCCCGGUCCUUCUUCGCAUCCCUGGGCUGCCUGGCAAAGCCUUCCCCAAUACAACAGCAUUGGUAAACUCACUGGAUAAGAUGUUGAUUGAUCACAAGACAUCCUGGGACCCCGCUCAGCCUCCUCGAGAUCUGACAGAUGCUUUCCUGGCUGAGAUGGAGAAGGCCAAGGGGAAUCCCGAGAGCACCUUCAAUGAUGCGAACCUACGCAUGGUGGUGUUUGACCUGUUCACUGCAGGGAUGGUGACCACCUCAACCACACUGUACUGGGCUCUGCUGCUCAUGAUCCUGCAUCCCCAUGUGCAGAGCCGCGUCCAACAGGAGAUUGAUGAAGUCAUAGGGCAGCGGCGGCAUCCAGAGAUGGCAGACCAGGCCCGCAUGCCCUACACCAAUGCUGUCAUUCAUGAGGUCCAGCGAUUUGCAGACAUUACCCCAGUGAAUUUACCACACAUGACAUCCCGUGACAUUGAAGUACAGGGCUUCCUCAUCCCCAAGGGAACGACCCUCAUCCCCAACCUGUCCUCAGUGCUGAAGGAUGAGACUGUCUGGGAGAAGCCCCUCCAGUUCCAUCCUGAACACUUCCUGGAUGCCCAGGACUGA